AUGAAGCGGCAGGCAGCAGCAGAAGAAAGAAAAGGCGGAAUGAGUCAAAUGUCAAACGCAGUUUGCGUGAACCGACGUCAGUCGGUGCUUCCAACCACCAGUCCGAUGUCAACAGAACUGGCCCCUAGAAAUGGCUCCUUCGAAAGAACACUUCACACGGCGAAUCGCUUCCGCAAGCCGUCCCCAAGUGUCGGCAACUUCCGACGUGUGUCGAACCUCCUCAAGGCACAAGGACCAACGGAAGCCCUCAAAUCAGCACUUGGAAACCCCAACCGAACACGCUUCAUGCAAUUAUGCAGCGAGUACGAGUCACUUGCUGCGGAGUGGCGACGAAUUUACCAAUUUCUGCAGAAACUAAUGCAAGAGUACAUAGAAUCGAAGAGUUUGGAUCCGGUUAGGCGAUACCGCAAGCUCCAGUCCAUCACCAAACGAAUCGUCUUUCACCUGCGUCUCACCAACCCCUCUCUUCUCCUCACGAAUGGCUACUCCUUGGUUGACGACGAAACUGGCAGUUUCGGAAGCAUUCUUCAGAGCAGUGUCAAGCUAAAGGAGAUGCGGAUGCGCCACGAGACAAUCUGCGAUCGACUCUCAUCUGAGGAGCUUGUUGUGGAGAUCCGAAAGCUGGAACGCAUCAACUCGGAGUUGGAAGAGAAAAUCCAGACCGUGGUUGAGGCCAUUGACAACAUGGACGACGAGUACCAAUGCACCAAGAACAACGCCUUCAUCAAAAGAUACCUCGUUCUUAAGUGCAACCUAAAAGUUAUAUUUGAGGGUGACUUCCUGCAUUGA